AUGAAGCGAACAGGGCGGAUCUCCAGAUUCCAGACGAGCGUAAUCACGACGAGGGACCUAUCGGAAUCAACCACCGAUGACGAGUCGCCUCGCCCCAGCUUUUCGCAGCCCAAGUUGAUGACACAGUGCAUCUCCGGCACUUGGGGAACCACGUACCUUACUGAGCAGAUCUCCAAUCUCACUCAGUGUUUCUACCACCGAGAAGCCCAGGAGAUGUCGUGAUGGCGUCUACCUCGGACCUCGAGCCGCCUCCCACCCCGCAUUUGCGGGGAUACCCUCAUGGCUGCCCGGUCACGCCAUCGGCAUAAGUCCUCUCACUCCGGCCGUGGCUCGCCUUCGGCCCUUGCGCCGCCUCCAUGUCUCUUGGUCGUUCCAUCAUCGACUGGUCACCGACGCACGUACCAACUUUGGAGACACUCGAUAACUGCUUACCGCCGGCGUUGUGGCCCCGGCUUCCGGCCAGUCAAGCCAUCCCGCAAUCACAUCAUCGCGCUCCAGUAUUGCUUCAUCAGCUAAACAGCGGGCAUCCGAGUUAAAUCAUCUUUUCCAACGCGACAAAUUCGCCGAUAACGCAGCAUCGGCAUCGACGGCUCAUCGCACUUCCAUGGGCGAGGAUCAUAUCCUCCGACGAUCCGUACCUUUUCUCCUGCGCAUCCGCGUCGUUUCCGCCCCCCUGUGCGUCUCUUCGGUCAGCCUUCAUGCCAUGCCAGGCGAGCGAGUUUUCAGCUGAGUCGUGUCCUCCUCCCUUACUGCAUACAAAUGAUCAUCUGAUGAACCAUCCCAUCACACGCUAAUGCCUCUCCGCACCCGUUAUGUGCAUGUUGCAGAGCGCAUUGCUCGGAGCUUUGGCGUUCAAGACAGGUUUCCGUAUGGGGGUAGCCUGGACAUCUAGCCCCGAACAUCCCGCCGACAGACUCACGGCCACACACGGCACACACGGUACAAGUGUGACCGCCAAGCGAAUGAUUGUCACCCUCCCUCAUCUUUUUUCGUUGGAGCUGUGCAGCUGCAAAGGCUGCAACGAGCCCGCCCAGGCCAACCCUCAAAUCACAUCUCAUCCUGCCGAGCUGAGACAUUGCUAGGGGGGUCUCCCUGCUCUCCAAAUCACAACGUCACGUUUACUGACGCACCAACCAACAACGAACAACAAAUCAACCUUCCCUCGUCGAGAAGGCUGACAAGAUAUGCGUCAAACCAGCAUAUCAGUCCAAUGUGGUGGGAAAAAGGCGUCCUGCAAUGCGGUCAAGCGCCCUGGACCCUGCCCGCUCACCGUGUGCUGACCAACCUUGCCUCUCUUCUCGCUCACCACACAUAUACGACUGGUAAGUCAAAAGCCGUAUUACCUCAAGAGUCCACCACACUUCAGAAAGUGAACCCGUGAAUCGGUCGUCGGUGCCUGCGAUCGAUGAUCGGCCAGAACAUCGAACCGCCCGCCCGCCCAACUAGUUAUCCCUUCCCUCUCUUUGGCACCUGAUUGAUAUAGAUGAGGGAGAGCCGCAGUCAUCCAUCCCCAGGUCAACAACCAUCGAGUACCUGUAAGUAUCUGAUAACAGCAUGAUAGCCGCAAGCAGCCAGCCUCCUACCCACCCACCAUCCCUCUUCCCAUGGGGCCAGCCCCCCCCCCCCCCUGUUUUCCCCAGAUCUUGUCCCGCCCCUUGGGGUGAUGAAUCAAGGUCUCGAAUGUCCUCACCUGACCAUCGUCGCGUUUCGCCGCUGUCUCUUGGCAUCCCGCCCGAAGCCCACGGGAUCACACGACUCCACGGCAUCCGCAAGGCUACCUCAACCUCUUUUGGCUCCUGUCAACGUGGCAUCUCACCACACACU